CUGAAUAUUAUUUACACAAAUUAUCUCAUAUAAAUAAAGUAAUGCAUUAAGCAAGCAAGCGCACUCAAGUCUUUCUUUGGAGGUGACGAAACUGAGCCGAAGGUUAGGUGUUAUUGAUCAAGUGUGUGAUUAAGCAAGGUCUUUUGCUUUCUGCGUAAAAGUCAAUUCUGAAAAUGUCUCUCAAGGCAUUAGACUACGAAUCACUGAACGAAAACGUGAAGAACUGUCAGUAUGCAGUCAGAGGCGAACUCUAUCUCCGUGCUUCCGAGCUUCAGAAAGAAGGCAAAAAGAUCAUUUUCACAAACGUUGGAAACCCUCAUGCGUUAGGACAGAAGCCUCUGACAUUUCCUCGUCAGGUGGUUGCUCUAUGCCAAGCUCCAUUUCUGCUAGACAAUCCAAACGUUGGGAUGAUAUUCCCAGCAGACGCUAUUGCAAGAGCUAAGCAUUAUCUUUCCUUAACCUCUGGUGGUCUUGGUGCUUACAGUGACUCUAGAGGCCUUCUAGGAGUUCGAAAGGAAGUUGCUGAGUUCAUCCAACGGCGUGAUGGAUAUCCAAGCGAUCCGGAACUCAUAUUUCUAACUGAUGGAGCUAGCAAAGGAGUGAUGCAAAUCUUAAACUGUAUCAUACGCAACCAGAAAGACGGAAUUCUGGUUCCAGUGCCACAGUAUCCACUCUACUCAGCUAUAUCUCUGUUAGGAGGCACUCUUGUACCUUACUAUCUUGAAGAGACUGACAACUGGGGACUUGAUGUUAACAACCUUCGCCAAUCUGUUGCUCAGGCUCGCUCUCAAGGAAUAACAGUAAGGGCAAUGGUGAUCAUUAACCCCGGAAACCCAACUGGUCAGUGUCUAAGCGAAGCUAACUUAAGAGAGAUAUUGAAGUUCUGUUGUGACGAGAGAUUGGUUCUACUUGGAGACGAAGUCUAUCAGCAGAACAUAUAUCAAGAUGAAAGACCCUUCAUCAGCUCCAAGAAAGUUUUGAUGGAUAUGGGAGCACCGUUGAGCAAGGAAGUUCAGCUCAUAUCUUUCCACACAGUUUCAAAAGGUUACUGGGGUGAAUGUGGACAACGAGGUGGUUACUUCGAGAUGACAAACAUCCCCCCAAGGACCGUUGAGGAGAUAUACAAGGUUGCAUCUAUAGCUCUUAGUCCCAACGUCUCUGCGCAGAUAUUUAUGGGUUUAAUGGUUAGCCCACCAAAGCCUGGAGACAUUUCAUAUGACCAGUUCGUCCGUGAAAGCAAGGGAAUACUAGAGUCACUGAGAAGAAGAGCAAGGAUCAUGACUGAUGGGUUCAACAGCUGCAAAAACGUUGUCUGUAACUUCACGGAAGGUGCAAUGUAUUCGUUUCCUCAGAUAAAGUUGCCACCGAAAGCAAUCCAAGCAGCAAAACAAGCUGGAAAGGUUCCGGAUGUUUUCUACUGCCUUAAGCUCUUAGAAGCCACGGGAAUCUCCACUGUUCCUGGCUCUGGAUUUGGACAGAGAGAAGGGGUGUUUCAUCUGAGGACAACGAUUCUGCCUGCAGAAGAAGAGAUGCCAGAGAUUAUGGAAAGUUUCAAGAAGUUUAAUGAUGAGUUCAUGUCUCAGUACGGUGAUAACUUUGGUUACUCAAGGAUGUGAAAGAAAAGAGUUUGAGAUCACUUCUUCUUCUUACCGACAUUAUUAUUAUCAAUGCACACUCUUGAAAAGCUAUAGCCACUGGUCCUACUUUGUACAACUUUUCUUAUGGUCAUUGAAUCUUUUGUAUCUAACGAAACAAACAAACAUAAACCAUCUCAUCAGUGUCAGUGAUGUAUUAAAAUGUUCUAUUUAGACAUCUUUAAACAAAAGAGAGUUUUUAUGUUUUU